UGGCCCUGAUCCAGGAUUAUCGAACCCUCCCCCCAAAAGGCAACCCACAAAGAGUUAGAUCUCCUCUUGCACCCUUCCUCCUCUCUGAGAAACUUUGGUCAAAAAUGUAGGGUCACUCCUGUCCCCAUCUGGCUGAAAGAUUGGGACCGACAUGGACAUCCAGUCAGAGACAGUCUCAGGGCCUGAAGCGCCAACAGAGGCCCCGGGGGCUCCUCCAAUGGAUUUAGAGGAGAACACCACAGGAGCGGAAGAAGCGCCAUCGUGCAACUCAGGAGAAGACGUUUACCCCAUCCAGCAACCGCUUGGAAGCCUGCAGGUUAUUCCUGGGCCUAGCAAUGCAGAAUCGAGGCUCCGUGAUCCUGAGACACAGGAAGAGCCAGACAACAUGGAGGGGCCCGGAUGGUUUCCAGACCCCAAAAACGCCAGUCCUCCGGGAACUACAGAAGAGGGAUCUAGGAAUGUGGUGGGAGUCGUGGGAGAGCCUGCAGAGGACGCUGCAGCCUUGGAGGACAGCCCAAGCUGGGCCAGGAAUGCAGACAAGGACUUGGAGGCAGGGGGCAGGCCUCAGGCCCCUCCGGGUGCCGACCAGCUCAUGGAUUUAGAGGAGGGGGGGAGGGAAGCCUGCGCAGAGACUGACCAAAGCCAACUGCAAGGCCUCCUGGCCCAGCUCCAAAGACUCAGCCCCAGCUUCCAGGAGAGCUCGCCCCAUUCAGAAGACGACCUCCUGCCUGCCUCGGAUGGGGAGGAGAGCCGGGCUUUUGAGGACGAGAGAGGCCCGCUGCUCCGGCCCGCGGGCCAGACCGAGUGCCAGGGGCUGCUGGGGGAAUGCGCCCCCUGCCCGCUGCACCUGGCUAUGAGGCGCACCUUGGGGGUGGCUUCCCACCCAUUCCUGCAACCCUCCCGUGGCUGGAAGGGCCGGGGAAGCCAUGGGCUGCUUUCGGCUGAGGCCGACCGCGAGGACCUGCUGAGCCUCUUGCGCUUCGAAGAGGGACCCCCCGUGGAGCAGAGUGACCAGAGGCCACUGGCCCGCUCCGACGUGGUGGUGGGGACGAGCUGCCCAGACGUCCAGGACGAAGGGAGCGCUAGUGCGUUGAAGGUGCCAUCCUGGCACGAGAGGCGGCCGGAUCCCACCCGUCAGAGCGCGGAGCAGCUAGAAAUGAAAGGGCCCCGUCAGUGUUUUGCUGCUGGUGAAGAAGACCCCCGUGCCCUGGGUUCCAGUCUGGGAGCCAGCAGCCAGGAGAGCUCCCCAGGCCCAAGGUGGAGAGCGGUGGCUGAAGGUUCCAGCCGCGGUGGAGAACCACCUCCCCCUGUAGAUGAGGCUAAUCCUGCUUUGGGUCGCUCAGUACCAGGUCCUUGCGAGCCUGAGGAUCUUCUAGAUGGAGUAAUCUUUGGGGCCAAAUACCUGGGCUCCACUCAGCUGAUCUCGGAGAGGACCCCUCCCACCAGCAUCCGAAUGGCUCAAGCGCAGGAAGCUGUGGACAGGAUAAAGGCUCCAGAUGGAGAAUCUCAGCCCAUGACAGAAGUGGAUCUCUUUGUCUCCACACAGAGGAUUAAAGUUCUCACAGCUGACUCUCAGGAAGCCAUGAUGGACCAUCCCCUCGCCACCAUCUCAUACAUAGCUGACAUUGGCAAUAUCGUGGUGCUCAUGGCCCGUAGGAAGCUACCUCGCCAGGCAGAUGCUUCUGUGGAAAAGCAGCUCUACAAAAUGAUCUGCCAUGUCUUCCACUCGACUGAUGCCCAGUUGAUAGCUCAGGCAAUUGGCCAGGCCUUCAGUGUGGCAUACCAGCAGUUCCUCCAUGCUAGCGGCAUCGACCCUAGCCAGGUUGGCCCUCGCCGGUAUGACGACGACGACGACGUACUGACCACAGGAGAGGACCUGUACAAUGGGGAUUUGGCUCACUUCUCCAAGCAAGAGAACUGUAAGGAAGUCGUCAUCCGUAAACAAAAGGGGGAGAUCUUGGGUAUCGUGAUUGUCGAGUCGGGCUGGGGUUCCAUCCUGCCCACGGUGGUCAUCGCCAACCUCAUGCACGGGGGAGCAGCAGAGACGUCAGGGAGCCUGAGCAUCGGAGACCGCAUCAUGUCCGUCAACGGGACCAGCCUGGUGGGGUUGCCCCUUGCCACGUGCCAGAACAUCAUACGGGAUUUGAAAACCCAGACCGAAGUGACCUUGAAAGUUGUGCACUGUCCCCCAGUAACCACAGCCAUUGUUCGGCGGCCUGACACAAAAUACCCUCUGGGGUUCUGCGUGGAAAAUGGCAUUAUCUGCAGCCUCAUGCGUGGCGGGAUUGCAGAGAGGGGCGGCAUCCGGGUCGGACACCGCAUCAUCGAGAUCAAUGGGCAGAGCGGCGUGGCCAUGCCGCACGAGAAGAUCAUCCAGAUCCUCACGCAGGCCGUCAGCGAGAUCUGA